GUGUGACCCCAACUGAUUAGCAAAUGGAGCUCACCGCUUCCGACUUAUCUAUCUGUCAAACUCGACCUUGCUUGCCUCAACGUACCGUCGAGUGAGCACAAAAGUGCGAGAGGAAAGGGUUCUCGUACGCAAUCUCCCAACACCCGUCCAUUCCAAGGAAUCAUAGCCAAGAGCCUGGUGCGGAACGUCCUUUUGUCCCGAGUUCAGUUUGGCCAAGGUUACUGUCACGACGAAAGAAGAGCAGCCCGCUAUGGCUUCCUCACUACCGCCAAACGCACACAUCUCAACACACCCCUGCGUCCAGGCUAAGCUGUCCAUCCUGCGCUCAUCCUCCACAAACGCGCGCGAGGUGAAGGCGCUAAUCCACGAGAUCGCCCUGCUUGUAGCAUCAGAAGCUCUCGCCAACUGUUUGACCACCCGUCCGGGCGGCACUGACGCUUCUCCUCUGGGAUACUCGUACACAAAAACCGCCAUAUCGCCCUCCAAAAUCUCGCUGGUGCCGAUUCUGCGCUCUGGCCUGGGCAUGGUUGAUGCGCUCGAAAGCUUGCUGCCCUACCCUGUGCCCGUGCACCACCUGGGCCUGUACCGGGAGAGGAGCACGCUGCAGCCAGUCGAAUAUUACAAUAAUCUGCCGUACCAUAAGCCCUCGGCGCAUUCGGUCUCCAGCGCGACGCCUGCAGGCACCGCGGUGGAUACGCCUGGCCCAGCUGAUCUUGCCAUUGUCGUGGAUCCCAUAAUAGCAACGGGGGCGACUGCAAUGGCGGCCGUCGACACGCUGCGCGAUUAUGGGGUCAAGAAGGUUGUGGUUAUCAGCAUCUUGUGCUCCGCAGAUGGUAUUAGGAGAGUUGCCGGAUGCUGGGACGGAGUCGAGGUUUAUGUGGGUGGCUGCGAUGCGGAGACGGAUGAGAGGGGUAUGAUCAAGCCGGGGUUGGGUGAUGUCGGCGAUAGGCUUUUCCUAACCAUGGGAAAAUAAAAGGCAGUUAGAUCUGUGAUAGAAUGCAAAGAAACAUAUCUGGGCUUUACAGUUCCGCGCCGUCCGAUGGAGCCUCUGCUGAUAACCGGUUGAAUCACGACGGGAAUUUACCGUUUCUAUCGCGUUGUAAGCAUUCUGUUUGAGCAGCCAAUUGUAAUGAAGCGUUCCGUAG